GGAUCUAGCUAGCGAACUAGCUAUUUGGUUAGCCUACACUUGCGAUCACUCUGGCGUGAAAGCUUCGAGUUCCCGUUUCCGUGUAUGUUUAGUUUCAAAUUCAGGCAACAGUGUUUAUCUUCCAAGAUACACCAUGAAGUGUGGGAUUGGAAGCAAUUUGAUGCCAUUAGCAGAAUGUUGAAGUAGGUAUUCUACAAAGAGCACUGAAGGAAGAGAGGAGCGCUAAGGUCAGUCACCCAAGACGUCCAGAAGAAUGCUGCAGUGAUCUUCAGUACCGGAGUGAAAUGGCCUCUCUCUGCACUCUUCUGGGUUUGUGCUGUCUGGCAGCCCCUCUGGUGCUAGCUCUUCCUCCUUUUAAGUCUCAACCAGAGCAGGUACACAUAUCUUAUCCAGCGGCCCCUUAUUCCAUGGUGAUUACUUGGACUACCUUCAAUGAGACGGAGAGUGUGGUAGAGUACAACGUGUGGGGUGGAAAGCUCUUUGAUCUGAUGGCCAAGGGAACCAGCACCAUUUUUGAGGACGGGGGGUCAGAGAAGAGAAAACUGUACGUUCACCGGGUCACGCUGUCGGGCCUGAGACCUGGCUCUGCUUACGUGUAUCACUGUGGCAGUGAAGAUGGCUGGAGUGACAUCUUUUACUUCACCGCCCUUAAUGAGACCACUUCCUGGAGCCCCAGGUUUGCUGUGUUUGGGGACAUGGGAAAUGAAAACCCCCAGUCACUGUCCAGGCUGCAGAAGGAGACCCAAGUUGGAACGUAUGACGCUAUCUUGCACAUUGGGGACUUUGCUUAUGACAUGGAUGAGGACAACGGCAGGAUUGGGGAUGAGUUCAUGAGCCAGAUUCAGUCCAUUGCUGCCUACGUGCCGUAUAUGACCUGCCCUGGGAACCACGAGAGCGCAUACAACUUCUCCAACUACAGGAACCGCUUCAGCAUGCCGGGAGACACGGAGAGCCUGUGGUACAGCUGGAACAUAGGCCCAGCCCACAUUGUCUCUUUCUCCACUGAAGUCUACUUCUUUCUUGAUUAUGGCGUGGAUCUCAUUUUCAAGCAAUACGAGUGGCUGAAAAAGGACCUGGAGGAGGCCAACAAGCCAGAGAACCGGAAAACACGGCCCUGGAUCAUCACCAUGGGACACAGACCCAUGUACUGCUCCAACGACGACAAGGAUGACUGCACUCAGUUUGAGAGCUACGUCCGAAUAGGACGCAAUGACACCAGUCCACCUGCUCCAGGACUGGAAAAGCUAUUCUUUCUCAAUGGAGUAGACUUGGAGCUGUGGGCUCAUGAACAUACAUAUGAGCGACUAUGGCCCAUCUAUGGUUAUAAGGUAUUCAACGGAAGCGUAGAUGAGCCCUACGUGAAUCCCAAAGCUCCGGUUCACAUCAUAACUGGCUCAGCUGGGUGCAGGGAAAAGCACGACGGGUUCAUCCCAGAGCCGAGGGCCUGGAGUGCCCUUCGGAGCACCGACUACGGCUACACCCGGAUGCAGGUGCUCAACCACACCCACUUGUACCUGGAGCAGGUCUCAGAUGACCAGUAUGGCAAGGUGAUUGACAGCAUCUGGCUUGUGAAGGAAAAACAUGGCGCGGCAGCCUGGCUUUAACCACAUGAAUCAGCACUGGGAAGCAGUGAAUUAUACCCAACAUAUCAAACUGAGACUUCUUGCAAAUAAUUUAAUGCACAAUCACUUUAAAGCUGCACUUUAGCAAUCUUUCAGCAAUGCAGUAACUUAUUCAAGUAAUUGAUUUCUUUUCUACUGUAAUGUCAUAUAGCGAAUGAUGAUUAUAUCCAAUGAUUUUGGCUUUUGAAGUUGUCUGACAAAAUGAUUCCCAUUCAAAAAAGAAUUUAAAAAAGUUCUUAGAUGGCUCAUCAAUCAAUUUUUAAUUGUAAAUAUAUAACAUGGGUCCCUUUGUGUUUUAAUGAGGCAAACAAAUGCAAGGAGCCUGGUUUACUGCCUAAUUUGAUUGAUGUAGAUUUUAUCCUUUAGUACUGUUGGCUACUGUUUUUAAGCCCGUAAUUUUUGGAUUUGUGAAAAAAUAGACUGAUCCAGCCUUUGCUUGGCUGUAAUGUACAUUUUGUAAAAAAAAAAAUGUAUAUGUAUCUGUGAAACUGUUUAAUUGAAAUGUAUGAAAACACACUAUGCACUGUAUUUAGCCCUUGAGUUGGACCAAAGGCAUUUAAGAUUGUUUGCCAAUAAAACCCACUUCUCUAGGUG